CUCAUUUGCUGCCUCUUCCAGGCCCUCAUCUAUUACAGUACUAUUGUGAUAUCUAUCCGGAAAGCAAGCUGCUGCAUGCGGGGCCUUUCCGUGGUUUCGGAAAGGCACAACAGCCCGAAGAUUGCCCAAAUUUCCAUCUCAUCUCAUCUUCGGGGCAAAUCGUGAGCCACAUUCGGGUGUCCCCCUUGUUCGUCCUCUUUGGUCAAAGGCGUCCGCUGAACCUUGGGUACCUGUGUUUGUGGUCGCAGUCAUGCCACCAGAGACUACGGGCACCCCAUCUUCAACCCCGUUCACUCUUACAGCUAUCGAUAGGGAUGUGCUAUCUAUGAGCGAUGAUGACUUUCGGCUACAGACUUGGGAAGAUCUUAAACAAAUCAUUGCUGAGAACAACCUCAGCAUCCUCAAAAGACGGCCUUCUGAUUUGAGACGAUAUAUCAAAUGGUCGGCUGAGACCAAAGCGGCCUAUGGAAGCGUGCCCAACUUUGUCAUGAAGGAGAGGCUGAAAUGGGUGCCACUACCUUCGUCGACCCCUGAAACCGGGCCUAUGUUCGCGGUCAGGAAUUCCGUCCCAUUCGCAGAUGAGGCCGACUAUAAGAUCUUAGUCAACGACUGGCCGUACGGACUGGCUCCAGGUAUCCGACAUAUCAUAGUUUGGCUCAAGAUCAGGUUAGAUUCGGAGCCUACCAGAGGUGACAUGACUCCCAAGUCCAGGCAGCUUGUCGAGGACUUCAUACAAACCAGGUUUGUGAAUCGUGUCAAGGAUUCACCUGGUGAAAAGGAUCAAGUCAUGUGGUUCAAGAACUGGACAGCCUUGCAAUCCGUGCCGGGCAUGGAGCAUGUACACGUCCUGGUCAGAGAUGUUCCUGAUAGCAUCAUUCAAGAAUGGACUGACGGAGCUCGAUCUCUCAGCACUUAGACCUGACCUUUCGCAAACAGCAUAAUAGAAUGACGACAGGGAGAUGUGUCGUAAUUGAGAUUAUGAUCCAUGAUCAAUGAUUCGCGCAACAAAGAGCUCGUUGGGAAGCAAUCCCAACCGCAGACUCAUUCUGCCUUACUUCACCUGGCAAUGUGCACAGGUGAUUUUGCUUUCGUGAAGGUGUGAGAGCCAUUGUAGAGGCCUGUAUUUGCUGACAUGGUUGAUUGCAUCUUCUCCACCAGACACCCGUUGGCAAUGGUUGUAUCUGUUCCCCCGUUACAGUGUAGCAAACGUUGGAAGCUGGAUGUGACACAAGAUGCUGGAGUGAGUGGACAUGGUUUUAUCAUUUGAACCAAUCUACAGUGCCAUAGCAUUAGAAAUACAUGCCUUGUGCCUAAUGUCGAAACCCCAACGCCUUGUGCCUAAUGUCGAAACCCCAACGCCUUGUGCCUAAUGUCGAAACCCCAACGCCUUG